AUGUUGGUUGAAUCUCUUGGUCAGAUUCCUCAAGUGAAUGCUAGUAAUCGGAAUGGUGAUGAUGAUGAGAUUUGUGCUUUGGGGAGGUUCCAGAGGAACAAUCCUCCUAUCUUUGAGGGAGAGCAUGAACAUGAUAAGGCGCAAGCAUGGUUGAAGGCGAUUGGGAUGAUCUUUCGAGUUAUGAAUUAUAUUGAUGCACAGAGGGUGCAGUUUGGUACUCACAUGCUCGAGAAAGAAGCUGAGGAUUGGUGGGGUAACACUGCUCAGAGAUUUGAAGAAAAGGGUUUUGUGAUUACUUGGGAUCUUUUCCAUGACGCAUUUUUGGAGAACUAUUUUCCAGAAGAUGUCAGUGGAAAGAAAGAAGUGGAAUUUCUUGAGCUAAAGCAGGGUAACGGUACUGUAGCAGAGUAUGCUGCGAGAUUCCAAGAGUUGAUCAAGUAUUGUCCCUAUUACAAUACUAUGAAUGCUGAGAGGUCUAAGUGUUUGAAGUUUGUGAACGGUUUGCGACCCGAUAUCAAUAAGGCUAUUGGUUACCAAUAG